GUAUGAUUCUGGAGGCGGAUCGAUGGAUGGGGAGAAUACUGUAACUAUUUAUAACUGGUACUUUUCCCCCCCCGCAUCGGCCCAACAGGGGUGGGAGAGGAGGCCAGAAAUGGGCAGGCUGCCCGCUCAGUGGGCGGGGAGUCUUCAAGAUUUUAUUAUUCCAUUUUAUCUAUUUGAUUUUCUUCCUAGUCUACUCCUCCUACCUACUUGUGGUGCUUUACCGAGAUUCGCCUGCUCGAUCGCCCCUUUUCACAACUCAUACUCGAUAGAGAUAUAGGUGUAUAGACAUGCCGCUCCGGGAUCUUGAGUAUUUAGAUUUUUUCAACUUCGACGACGACGAAGACCCCCGCGACGAAACCGCCGAGUUCCCCUCUUCUAUCGAUCCCAGGAUCCUAGGAACUACAAGCAUCUCGACGACCAGCACACCAUUGCCAAGCGCAGACCCUUCAUUCAACUUGCUCGGGACCAAUCAUCUCGGCGAAGAUGCGCCCUUUGCGCAAUCCAUGUUGGGUCUAGACGAUCCCCUCCCACUCCAGGCGCCCUCUCCGAACACGAUGGACGUCAGCUUCGACGACUUCUUCCGAGACAAUGGAGCCUACCGCGCUCCCACACCGUGCGCCUACUGCAGCCGCCUGCGGCUGCAGUGCCUCAUCCUGCAGACCACGUCGGUCAACCCGAACCCCGUCCGGUCGUGCGCCAGCUGCGUCGCCCUCUUCCGGCAAUGCAGUCUCGCUGAGCGGGGCAAGCGGCUGCCGGCCGCCUUCGAGACCGCCGAACCCGUCGUCGCGAACCUGCACGGUGUGAGGGAGGAGGAAGCGGAGGCGCCGGCGCUACCCGCGGGCAGCGACUCGGCGGCGCAAGCCUCGCGCGCGGCGCUGCCGUCGCCGGCUGCGAAGAAACCCCGGUCGCGCUCCGUGCGCAAGACGCAGGCGCUGCGGACCUGGUUUGCGUGCCACCUGGACCACCCGUACCCGUCGGAGGAGGAGAAGGCAGCGCUGACACGGCAGUCGGGGCUGAGCCGGACGCAGGUGGCGGACUGGUUCUCGAACGCGCGGCGGCGGAACCGCAUGGCGCGGUCGACGGACCGGCGCGUCUUCCCGCGGGGGUCGCCCAUGCCGACGCCGCCGAAGCCGCUGCUGGGCGGCAUGACGCCGCUCGAGCGCUGGCGCCGGUCCCCGCCCGACCAGGAGCCCGUCUCGACGUCCGCCCUCGAGCGCGCCCUCGGCCUGCCCGUCGGCCGGUUCGCCGCCGCCCCGCGCAGCUUCGACCGCGCCUGCGCCGACGCCGACGCCGACGCGCCGCCCUCGUCCAGCAGCGGCGCCGGCUCCGCCCGCGACCUCCGCUUCGACUCCCCCCUGCAGUACCCCUCCUCCGACUCCGCGUCCUCCUGCCACACGUACUCCUCCGCCUCGGAGCGGUCCUUCUUCUCCGCCACGUCGGCGCGCGCCCACCCUCUGAGCGGCCGCGACGCCCCCCAGCGUCCCGCGGCGCCGCCCUCCGCCGCAGCAUCGGGCGCAGGCGCAGGCGCACGCGGCCGCCGCGGCUUCCCGUGCACCUUCUGCGCGCGCGUGUUCGCGAAGAAGUACGACUGGCGCCGGCACGAGCGGUCGGUGCACCAGGUGGUGGCGGCGGAAGGGGGCGAGGCGGCGCCGCGGCCGCCGCAGUGGGUGUGUCGCGGCGCGCCGCUGGCGCGGGGCCAGGCGGCUACGAUGUGGCGGCUGGGGCGGCGCGAGCCCGAAUGCGUGUUCUGCGGCCGCGAGGCGCCGCCGCCGGACCACGUCUCGGCCCACCACGAGUUCGAGGCCUGCGCCGCCGAGCCGCGCUCCUUCGCCCGCAAGGACCACCUCUGGCAGCACCUGUACAAGUUCCACGGCUGCCGCAAGUGGGACGGCUGGAAGCCCGACCUGGACAUGCUGCGGCAGGACUAGGGGAGGGGCGGGAAGGGGGGUGCGAUGAUGCCGUUCGGAGCACUCUACGGACAGGAGAAGACUGUAGGGGCCGCCUGAGCUAGCUCUAAUGAGCACACGGGGCAUGUUCUUUUAAUUCUGCGUGUUUCUUCCUAUAUACCCUCUUAGAUAUAUCUGUGAUACCAUACAUUAAGGCCACAUGAUAUUUGCGAACAUCCUAUACCUACGUGUGUAUGCCGUGAUCCGCCAGGUGGUGUUUUCCCAUGCCACUCAAUACUCUUUGCAGGCUUCGAGAGUGGGAACGCUUUCAACCCCAUCGUCCACUGUUCUCACAGAUCCAUGCCCUUAACUGUUC